AUGUACCUCUCUACCUGUGCACACUUACUCCAAAAAGAGCUUCUCAGAUACCUUGAGGAAAGAAGGUUUGAUGCCGUCCUUACAGACCCUAUGCUACCAUGCAGGCAGAUCACAGCUGAGCAUCUCUCCGUCCCUUCCGUGUAUUUUUUGAACCAAAUACCGUGUGGUUUAGAAUCUGAAGCCACUCAAUGUCCCAAUCCCCUUUCUUAUGUCCCCAGGGCAUUUACAGACCUUACAGACUACGUGAACAUCCUCCAGCGGGUGAAGAAUUUAAUCUUUGACAUUCCAAAUUAUUUGUUCUGUGAUUUUGUCCUUCAACCAUAUGCAAAACUGGCUUCUGAGUUCCUCCAGCAGGAUGUGACUGUGCCAGAUCUCUUACGCAAGGCUUCCAUUGGGCUUCUGCGAUUAGACUUCGUGUUCCACUAUCCCAGACCAUUGAUGCCUAAUAUGAUCGUAACUGGAGGAGUGAACUGUGCUCACAGGAGGCUAACUCAGGUGGGUCAUGCCUGA